AUGUCUGCUCCAGUACGAAUCGCAUGCCGGGUCCGCCCAUUCAUCAACAGCGAGUCUCAAGACGACUCGGUCGAGGUUCUUGAUAGCUCCAGUCUUUCAGUCGUCAACCCCGUAGACGCAGGGAAGCGGUUCCGUUUCAACUUCACAUCUGUGCACGGCCAAGAUGCUACUCAAGAACAAGUGUUCGAGAGCGAUGUCCGCCCUCUGCUUCCGAGUGUAUUCACUGGUCAUACAUUGACCAUCUUCGCCUAUGGUGUCACAUCUUCGGGCAAAACACAUACUAUGCAAGGUAGUGCAACACAACCAGGUAUCAUUCCUCGUGUUAUGGAGGCACUCUUUGAGCGUAAGGUUAAUAUGCGUUCUAAUGUCAAGUUCGAGCUCUCGUACAUGGAGAUAUACAAAGACGAUGUGUUUGACCUCAUGGUGUCCACCAGGGGGACAAAGCUGCCCGUACGAGAGGAUGGUAAGGGGAAGGUGUUUGUAGCAAACUUGACCGAAACCCCUAUUGAGUCUACGGAUGAGUUUGAUACGCAUUUCAUUGCCGCAUGCAAAGGUCGAUCUGUCGCGGCGACUAACUUCAACCGAGCGUCCAGUCGAUCGCACGCCAUACUAGGCAUCAAGGUUUCCGUAACUGAAAACUACCCUGGAGCUCCAACUCUUACGGGCAAGGUUAAUUUGGUCGACCUAGCCGGAUCAGAAAAUAACAAGAUGACUGGAAAUGACUCCAUCAGGAUGGCAGAGUCAGCUGCCAUCAACAAAUCGCUUUCAGUUCUUGGACAAGUUGUACAUGCCCUCAACCAGCGUGCAUCCCGUAUCCCAUACCGAGACUCGAAGCUCACCCGCAUUCUUCAAGAUGCAUUGGGAGGGACUUCAAUUAGCUUGUUGAUAUGUAACAUUGCACCAGGAGCAAAGUUUAAGCAGGAUACACUCAACACUCUGAACUUUGCCACCCGAACUAAGGAGAUUGAAAAUCGUCCGGUCCGCAGCUCCUCCACCUGCACUGCACCGACACCUGCACCAGUGCCUUCGCUAUUGACCUCUGGCUCUCGCCGUAGCCUUGGUAUUGGGCGACCUCGCGCAUCACUUGCUACCUCAUCUUCACACGGUAGUCUUCCUAUUUCCGUCUCAACCAGCGGUAUUCCUGCCCCUGGUGGCCACUCUCGUCGUCUUUCUAUGGGUGCCACGGGUACCAGGCAUGUUUCGGCUGGCCCGACCGGAUCUGCCGCUGGUGUGGUGGGGACGAGUCGUAUACAAGCUCCCAAACAAGGACGACGGGCAAGCAGUGUUGGAUAUGGAAGCCAUAGCCGCCGAUCUAGUGUGUCUAGCGUCAAUAAUACUGGCGGGGGUGAAGUCGUUGGGUUUACAGAAGAGGAAAUGGAAGCCAGGAUUGCGAGCGCUGUGGAAGCUGCACUUGCGAAACGCGAGGAAGAACUACGGGAAAAGGCUCGCGAGGAAUUGCGCCUAUUGGAAGAAGAGCGUAAACGAUUGGAAGAAGAGGGGAAACGCAUAGACGAACUGAAACGACAAGAAGAAGAACGAAAGCAAAAGGAGGAGGCAGAAAGGCAACGAAGGGCAGAGGAAGAAGAGGAACGAAAGCGCACCGAGCAAGAAGAGCGACGCCGGCAAGAACGUGAGAUUCUCAAACAACAAGAGGAAGAGUGGCAACGUCGAAGGGCCGCGGAAGCCGAGGACUCGCAUGGUGGCCCCCCGUCGUAUACAUCUGUUGCUGGAGCCAGCUCUCAUCUCGGCAACAAAACUGUGGAAGUAGAAAUGGCUACCCCCUCGAUCCGCCGCCACGCGAAUCUCUCCCUCCUUACUCCCCGGGUAGACUUCUUGGAUCAGAGCCGUGAACCUACCGAUGCAGAAAUUGCUAUCAACAUGGACUACACUACAAGGAAAAAGGUUGCAAAGUCCCUCAUUAAGCGUGCACGGAUGUACCAGCAACAGGACGACUUGCCUACGGCUUUGCAGUAUUACCUCAAAGCUCAGCCAUAUGCGGCCGAUAACUUGAAACUUCAACAUCGUAUUGACAAGAUACGAGAAGCCAUUGAGACUGGACGAGCGUUUGUGCCCUCCCCACCACCCGAGGGGACCAGCCAAUACAACUGUGAUUCUCUAGCAUUCAGGACGGUUCAAACGCCCUCACGUAAACGUGGGCGCAUGAGCGCGUUGCAUGAAAUGACCAAUUCUGCUGUUGAGGAUGAAGAUACGGAGAUGCCUGACGUAGACGAGAUGGGAAUAAAGCGACGCCGCUCCCUGGAAUGUUAA